ACGGGCUGAGGGGUGAUACCCUGACAGACGUCAGCUGUGGCCUCACCAUCUACCAGCUUCUGUCCGCUUGUGAGCACUUCCAGGAGAUCAUCGCCUUGGACUACGCGGACCUGAACCGCCGGGAGCUGGAGAAGUGGCUGAAGAACGAAGCGGGAGCCUUCGACUGGAGGGUGGGGGGGGCUGAGAAAGAGGAGAAGCUGAGAAAGAAGUUGAGGCGGGUUCUGAAGUUUGAUGUGACCAAAGCCGUCCCCGCGGACCCCGUGUCCCUGCCUCCCGCCGACUGCAUCCUCUCCACCCUCUGCUUGGCCGCCUGCAAGGACCUGGCCACCUUCUGCAGCGCCCUGAGAAACAUCGGUGCCCUCGUGAAGCCAGGGGGGCACCUGGUGUUGGUGACCGUCCUCCGGGAAACCUACUACGCCUUCAACAAGCAGGUUUUCUCGUGCCUCCACCCGGAGAGAAACGUCAUGGAGGAAGCCGUGGAGGGCACCGGCUUCGACGCGAAGUUCAGCGAGGUCCAGCCGUACCUGCCCGGCGAUGUCCGCACAGACUGCGAAGCCGUGUUGAGCCUCGUGGCACGCAGGCGUGCCUCCGUCACCGGAUAG